AUGCGUCUCUUUUCAAUCCAUCGCAUUCUCGCUACGGUCCUUCCGUUAGUCCUAUGUCAAGCUAGCACGUCAGCCGCCUCCAGCAAUGAAACAAGCUCUGCUCUGUGGGAAAUGGUUCCAAAAUGCGCCAGAAUCUGUCUCGAAAACUUCAUCAAGACCGAGUAUUCGUCUGAGGAAUGUACCGAGCAAUCCAAUAUUAGGUGUCUAUGUCGGACUAAAUCGGCUGGUGGUCUUACCAUUGGCGAGGCAGGGUUGAGCUGUGCAUAUGCUCUUUGCUCGACAGAGGUCUUCAAGAGCUCCGAGGUUUACAAUAUCUGUGAAUCAGUCCCAGAUGCUCUUGCGGAGACACAUGCUACUAUUACCGCUACGACAUUUGCCGCUCCGUCAUCUACUGCAACAGAUACAAUAAUAUCAAGUCCCAAAAUAACAUUAAAGACAACCUCGGCGACUACCGCGGAGUUGACGGCGACAUCGACCUUUACAUCGAUACUAACAACACUUAGUAGUACUGUGGCGAUUACUGUUUUCCACUCUACAUCGACGGAAAUGACGACGACAAGGUCUGAGGUGGUGUCCAUAACUUCAAGCACUGAAACCUCAUCGACAUCUUCCAUCACAGCGCUCACUACUUCAAAUUCAAGUUCAAAUUCUACUGCUUCAACGCAAAAGAAGCAUGUUGUCAGCCCGGGCACAGUCAUUGGGGUCUCCGUCACAUCAGGUGUUGCAAGCUCCUUCUUGAUAGGAGUUGCGGUAUUUUACUGCUGCAAGAAAUGGAAGAAGAAGAAGCAGUCAGAUACGGAAAAGAAUGACUUUGAAAUUGGGGGGACCAUGUCUGAGCCUCCCGGCUUCUCAGCGCCAUCCUCGCGGCAUGGAUCACCAAGGCCAGGCCCAGGACCAGGCUCAGGUCUAGGCCUGUCUACAUUAGAGGAAAAUAACCUAUCACGCACUUUCCAUCUGCCAUCGCAAUACUCUCAAACACAUGCUGCAUUUUUAAGUUCUAAAAAUCCACACACUUCAAGAGGAGAGGACAGAAUAGGGUUUGCAAUUACCUCGGAAUCAGACGGAGAAGCCUCACCUCAUACAGCCUCCUCGCAGCGUACUCUCUCACGCCUAUUACCAACGGGACUUUAUCCUAAACCACUGAAAUGGAGCCAUCGACCAUCAAGUGGGGAAACGGUUUUUGAAGAGGAUGAACUUCAAUCAGGCCUAGAGAAGAAGCCGCGGGUGCCUCAAAAGUCAAGCCCUCUCAACCCAAUGGCAGGAUUACCAGCAAAUCCUCGGGCUCUGAAGAAUGGAUUUCCAGCACAGAAGUACCAACGAGUCCAAAAUCCGCAAUCACCUCCCGGCCAAAGUCCUCGCGUUGCACCGGCUGGCCCGCGUAGUGCACCAAAACCAGGACUAUCUUUUGCUGAGCGCGCACUUCAACCAACAAAUCAAAAUACCAGCAACCUUGCGCCCAAUAACAGCACCAUGUCAUCACAACGAACAUCUAUCCGACUCCUCACCCCUCCGACAUUCUAUCCAGACCUAGAACCUCGUACAAAUGAUACCUCGCCCAAAAAACCGGGAUCACCCAAGCCAAUCCCACCUCCCAAGCCUAUGAAUUCCGGGAAAGUCAUACCCCAGCCUCGUCUGAUUCGUGGCGAUGAUAUCAAGCGUGUUGAGAUCAGAAAAAGCCCCCGUCCUCCGCCAAGCGAGGUUGUCGCUGCUUACAGCCCUGAAGACUUUUGGCUUCAACGGAGUCGUCCACUCCCGCCUACUCCAGAUAAUCUUCCCUAUCCAUCAGAGUCGUAUCCAACGACUGUAAUAUACCCACCUACCCAUGAUCAACCGCCUCAAGGUGAUAAAAAGAGAAUCUCACCAACAAGUCGCAAAGUCACUCCUUCUCGACGAGGUGAUGAUUUGAUAUUGAGUGUGGAUUAG